AUGGAGUUGGCCAAUGGAACCACAGUUCAGGAAUUUAUUUUGCUGGGAUUUAGAGUCGGCCAACAGGAACGGUUCCUGCUCCUCAUCUUUUUCACCAUUCUUUACGUGCUCACGUUGGCUGAGAACUUUAUCAUCAUCGCACUGGUGCUCCUAGAUGCCCACCUGGCCCGGCUUCCCAUGUACAUCCUGCUGAGCCACUUUUCCUGGCUGGAGAUGUGUUACGUGAGCACCACCGUGCCUCGUAUGAUCUUUGACCUGUCCUCCCCUCAAGGGAUCAGCUCUUUCAGGGACUGCUUCCUCCAGUUCUACCUGUUAUUCUCUCUUGGCACCACUGAAGAUCUCUUCCUCUCUGCCAUGGCCUUGGAUCGGUACUUGGCCAUCUGCCACCCUCUGCACUACCCACAAAUCAUGUCCACAAAUUUUUGCUGUGUUCUGGUGGCUGCUUGUUGGGUCCUUGGCUUCACUGCCUUUGUUGUCCCAGUGACUCUGAUGUCUAGGUUGUCCUUCUGCGGCCCCAACAUCAUUGACCACUUUUUGUGUGAUGCUGGGCCCCUCCUCUCCCUGGCCUGCCCACCCUUAGGAGUGGCUCCCCUUCUUUGUCAGAUUUUAGUGAAUAUUUUCCUUCUGGGAAAUGUCCUCUUUGUCGCGCUGUCUUAUAGCACUGUAAUUCUCACCCUGAUGAAGCCCUCUUUCGAAGGGAGUAGAAGAAAGGCUUUCUCCACUAUUUCAUUCCACCUCGUGGUGGUGACACUUUUCUAUGGCUCUGUUGGAGCCAUGUACAUAAUCCCAGAUGGAGAAAAUCAGUCAGAGGUCACAAAGGCCGUCACGCUCUUCUACACUUCCAUUACGCCCUUUUUGAACCCCAUGAUUUAUUGCCUGAGGAAUGAUCAGGUGAAGGAGGCACUGGGCAGGUUUCAGAGAAGAAAGUGCUACGGUGAACCUUCAGCGGAUGGGUCAACGCUGUGA